GCUGAGAGAGUCGCGCGACCCGCGGCUUGCGUCACGCGGCCGGCAGUAGAGUUGCGCGCGCCUCUUCGCCUUCACUUCCUACGAUUAUUUCGUACUUUCCCGUUCUAAUGGCGACCAAGCCGGCGGGGUGGAGGGGGCCGCUCGGCGGUGAUGCGGCGAGGGUACAGCGCCGCUGACGCGGAGAGAGGUAGUGCAGCGACGGAGCACUGCGCUCGAGCGGGCGCUCACUCAUCGUCCGUGGAGCUGGCGGCGGGAAACCUGUGUGUGUUCGGCGGCGUGACAGCUGAUCCCGCCGGGACGUUGCUCGUCACCGGCUCUGUGCGGGUGCGAUCGGAGGUGUUCGAGGACUCGUCGUCAAGGCAGCAAGCACGUAAGCACGGAGGCCGCGAGAUGAAGUAAGCAGCCCAGUUUCGCCACGCACAGAAGACGGUGCCUUCGCACUUCCGGGCAAUUACCAGAAGUCAAACGGCGGAAGGAAGCUGCGACGCGUCGAGAUACAGCGGCAACGCGUGCACAUUACUCAACCGGAACACGCGCGCACCAGCGAGUCAUCGCUGAGCCUACGCAAGAGGCGGAAAGCAAGACGGAACAACGUUGAUGCCGGGCCGUCAUCGAUGCCCGAGAACCCGAGCUGCCCUCGUCUAUUGCCAAUUUCGGUUCUUUGUUAAGUUUCUCGGUCGGCCACGUCCGUAGCAAACGUUGUCUCUGCUCAAAGGACCGCGUACGCCUUAGGGAAGACGGGAACAGACAGGAUCGUCUGCUCAAAAGAAAGAGGUACACACCGCUGACCCCCUCCAGGAGAGCAGACUCAGCCUUAUGUACAUAGUGGUAACUCCGGGGAAAGCGAAGCGGCUCAACCUUCAGUAUUAGGAGCGUGAGACGAGCGUCGUUUCGUUCUUGUUCCAAAAAAAAGGAGCACAUAAUUGUAGCUCAGAAGAAUUGCGCAAGCAUUCACCUAGGCCCCCUAAAAUUGAGGCGAAGAGAGACAGAAAAGCGUGGUAGUGACAUAGAACAGACCAAUUGUCGAAGACGUCCGGGACGUCUGGCGGGAAGAAGACCGCGACAUCUGGAUUAGGUUCCUGUUCUUCGGCUUCACUGCAAGACAUGGGCGAGCAAAAGAGCACCAACGGCCGGGGCUCGGACCACCGGACGACGCCCAACGGCGCGGUGACCGUGGCGCCGACGCCACAGACGACCACUACGACCGACGGCACUCAGCACCUGUCGGCCUGCAUCGGCGACCGCACUGGCCCCGCCGCCUGACGGCGGCUGGGGCUGGAUGGUCGUCUUCUCGUCGUUCAUGAUCCACGUGAUCGCAGAUGGCGUCACGUACACGUUCGGCAUCUUCUACCUGGAGUUCCUCAAGCAAUUCCAGGAGUCCAAGGGCAAGACAGCCUGGAUCGCCUCCAUCAUGGUCGGCACCACGUUCUGCAUCGGUCCCGUUGCGAGCGGCCUGACGACCAAGUACGGCUGCCGGGCGGUGACCAUCGCGGGCUCGCUUCUGGCAACCGUGGGACUCGUGGUCAGCGUGGUGGCGCCCAACGUGACGUACCUCUUCUUCACCAUCGGUCUCUGCACCGGCGCGGGCUUCGGUCUCAUGUACCUGCCGGCGAUCGUGUCGGUGACCACGUACUUCGAGAAGCGUCGCGCCUUCGCCACGGGCAUCGCGGUGUGCGGCUCGGGCUUCGGCACCUUCGCCCUGGCGCCCUUCAUCGAGUGGCUGGUGCACGUGUACGGCUGGCAGGGGGCGCUGCUGUGCACCGCCGGCAUGGUGCUCAACUGCUGCGUCUUCGGCGCUCUGCUGAGGCCGCUGCCGCAGCCCGUCAUGGCCGCGCAGACCCCGCCCGCUGCGCACGCCACCUACGACAAGCCCAUCAGGGAGAUCAACGGGAACGCCUACCACGACGUGGAGGGCGUGCCCCGACGCAACGGCGGCCUCAGCUCGUGCUCGGCGUCCCGCGAGCUGUCCCUGUCGACGGGCACCAUCGCCGCCGUGCAGGCGCACGACGGCGUCGAGCAGCAGUCGGAUGGGCGCCGCAACCGGCGACCCCGCUCGGCGCUGUUCGCCCGCGCCGCCGGCGGAGGAGUCACCCUGCCCCUGCUCAAGCUGGAGGACGAGAAGACGUCCAUGUCGUGCGUGCACAUCGCCGGCUCGAGUCCACCCAGCCCGACGGGGCCGUCGGCGCCCGCGCUGCACCCGCGGAGCCUGCUGGUGCGCAAGGACAUCUUCUACAGCGGCAGCAUGCAGAAUCUGCCGCCCGAAUACCGCGCCUCCUCCUCCUUCUUGUCGCGCGACAUGUCGCUCAGCGUCACUUCGCUGCGCACCAUCAAGUCGGUCACGGUGCCCACCUCGGACGAGCGCAGCCGCAUACAGAGGUUCUUCUGCUCGAGCGAGAUGGAGGCGGCCCUGCACGAGAUGAUCAACUUCACGCUGCUCAAGUCUCCCGUGUUCCUGCUGUUCGCCACGUCCAACUUCUUCACCAGCGUGGGCUUCAACGUGCCCUACGUGUACACGAAGGAUCGCGCGGUCGAAGACCUGCACAUGCCCGAGGAGACCGGUAGCCUGCUGCUGUCCUGCAUCGGCCUGUCCAACACUCUGGGCCGCGUCAUCCUCGGAUACCUGAGCGACAAGUCGUGCGUGAACCGCCUCUGGCUGUACAACGCCAACCUGACGCUGUGUGGGCUCGCCACGGCCUUCAGCUACGCCGCGCAGAGCGCCAUCACCAUGACCGUCUAUUGCGUCAUCUUCGGUGCCACCUCGGGCGCCUUCGUGAGUCUCACGUCCGUGAUCCUGGUGGACAUCCUGGGCCUGGAGCGGCUGACCAACGCCUUCGGGCUGCUGCUUCUCUUCGAGGGCGUCGCCUGCCUCGUCGGACCGCCGGUCACCGGCUGGCUGUACGACUACACUGGUUCGUACGACCCGGGCUUCUUCCUGUCCGGCGCCAUGAUCGCGUUCGGAGGCGUCAUGCUGUUCCUCAUCCCUUGCACGCAACGCUGCGAGGGUCAGGAGGAGAAGGCGGGCGCCGGCACCACCACCACCACCACGACGACUACGACCACGACAACCAGCGGUACCGCCAAGUCCGGCAGCAGCUCGUUCCCGGAAGAGACCACCGAUUCCAGCUUCGGCCAUACCAUCACCCUUUCCUCGUCGCUCAACGGCCACGGUCCGCACAACGUGUGAGCCGGCCACUCUUCACCCGCCCACGUGAACCAGGGCGGGCGAGCCGAGCGACGAGCCGACCAGCAGCCGGCCCCUACGCCACUCCGCUACGAGCCCGUUUCGGUGUCCCCGCCGGCUUACGGCUACGAAGCAAGGGCCG